AAUCGUUUGUUGCAGCUGAUCUUGCCCCAUCCUCUCUCUCUAUCUCUCCCUUCCCAUCUCUCUCUCUCUCUCUCUCUCUCUCUCUCUCUCUGUGGAAAAAACAUAAAUAAAUAAAAAAGCCUGGGAAAAACCCUUCUAAUGAACGGUACGGUAGCCGGCAUGCAAUGAGAGGGGCUUGGAGAAUCUCAGACGCGGCCAAAGCCGAGCUGCUCUGCCUCCAUAAAUGCUCUACAGUGAAGCCUGGAAUACCAAAGCCAUUCGCUUUAACCCACUUCAAAUCUGCGAAUCAAGGAUUUGCCCGCGAGCUCAAUGCCCAGACAGACCCUCCUUCUCCUUCUUCUUCUUCUUCUUCUUCUUCUUCUUGCUCUAGCUCUUUCCCUAGGGACAUAAUCGGAUUGUUUUCGAACAAGUUGCGGCAUCUAGACUCGAAAGCCAAGGAGGAUCUGACCAAUAAGGUCAGGCAGUUGAGGGACGGGCUUGUUCUGAAACUUGACGAUUCAGACGAGGUGGUUGCAGUAUUGGAAGAAAAGGGCAGUUCUUUGUUUCGGAGCUAUGCGGAUGGAUGCGCACUCAUUGAGCUUCUGAUGCAGUUGAGCUCCUGGCCUCAUUUAGCUAUCGAGGUCUUUGAAUGGAGAAGAAAGCAGGGUGAUUGUGGCAUUCCUUUGACACCGGAGGAGUAUGCCAAAGGUAUUGCACUUGCGGGUAAGGUUAAAAAUGUUGGUCUUGCUGAGCAGCUGUUUGAUGAGGCUGCGAACAAGGGAAUCAAAACGACUUCGAUAUAUAACGCUCUGAUGAGUGCUUAUAUGUUAAAUGGUUUUGCUGAUAAAUGCCAGUCUUUGUUUCGGAGGCUGAAGAUGGAAUCAAAUUGCUGUCCAACAAUUGUAACAUACAACAUUCUUAUCUCUGUUUUUGGUCGUUUAAUGCUAGUUGAUCACAUGGAGACAAUUCUCAAGGAGAUAAAUGAUUUAGAUAUCUCUCCCAAUUUAAGCACAUACAAUAAUCUAAUUGCCGGGUAUGUUACAGCUUGGAUGUGGGACAGCAUGGAAAAGAUUUUUCAAUUAAUGAAGAAGGCUUCUGUUGAGCCGGAUAUCAGGACAAACUUGUUAAUGCUUCGGGGUUAUGCACAUUCGGGUAAUUUGGAAAAGAUGGAAGAGACUUAUGAAUUGGUAAGAGAUCAUGUAAAUGAAAAGGAAGUCCCUCUAAUCAGAGCUAUGAUAUGUGCUUACUGCAGGAGUUCUUGCACGGAAAGAGUGAAGAAGAUUGAGGUAUUAAUGAGGCUUAUUCCGGAAAAUGAAUAUAGACCUUGGUUGAAUGUAAUGCUGAUCAGGGUUUAUGCUCAAGAGGAUAGAUUAGAAGCAAUGGAGAAGUCAAUAAAUGAGGCAUUCAACCAUAAAACAUCUGUAGAUACAUUAGGUGUGAUGCGGUGCAUCAUUGCUAGUUAUUUCCGAUGUAAUGCAGUGGACGGACUUGCAAACUUUGUGAAGCGUGCUGAAUGUGCCGGUUGGAGAAUCUGUAGGUCCCUAUAUCAUUGUAAGAUGGUCAUGUAUGCUUCACAGAAGCGCUUGGAAGAGAUGGAAAGAGUUCUUAAUGAGAUGGAGAAUUUUAAGCUGGACCGUACAAAGAAGACAUUUUGGAUACUGUACAAGGCAUACUCAAUGUAUGGUCAACAAUACAAGGUUUCACAGAAACCUGCGUCACAAAAACCUGUAUAUCAUUUAAUGGACCAAGGAAACCACGAUGCUAAAUGCUCCGAGAAAUCAAAGAAUUAAUAUGUUACUUCGAGAUGAGAAAGCGGAUGCACUUCCAGGCACAAAGUUGCAGCUCACCUUGUACAGUAACUGAAGUGGCUUGAUUUUAUACAUCAUUGCAUUGUCAAAUCUGGUAAUAUAGCUUUGCAAGAGUGAUACUUCAAUUUAUAACUAUUCAAGCACAAAUAUGGCUAAAUGUUUGUCAGAUUAGAAGGGCAGGAGUAUGGUUGGAAGUUCGGUGGAAACCGUCCUCAACAUCAUUUGCUAAAGCUGCUUUCCAGAUGUUGCAGGUGGAAAGUGCAUCUUACAUAGCGUGAAUUAUUUUUAUGUGCUACCAGUUCAUAUCUAACAAUAUUCCCUUUAUACAAUUUAUCUGCAGCCGCAUAGGUAUGCCCAUGAUUUUGCAUUUAUCAUUGUUUGAAAUGAAAAUAAUAAAAAUUAGAUACUCUGUUAUGUACCAGCUAAAACGCCAAUAAGGCUUUCCAUUUAAUAGCUACUUCCAAUAACUUCUGCUCAAUGUUUCACUUUCAUCUGAAGUUCAUAUACAAGCAUCAACCGUUUAACAUGUGGUUGGAGCCAAGGUUUUUGCGCAUGCCUAUUGGUCUUAAUUCCGCAUCCUGAACUGGCAAAUUGGAAGCUUUCCUUGCUGUUCAAAUAGGAAAAAGAUGAUUUGGGUUCUUCUUUUCUCUGAAACGAAUGAAAUAAGUGUAUAAUUUGCUUAUUAAAGUUGUUUUCUUUUAUGUAUAAUGGUAUCAGUCUUUGUUUCCCUUAAAGCCAAUACAACAGGUAAUUUUAACAAAUAGACAAGCAUGAAUUUAUCCA